AGUUUUUCUCCAUAAAAAGGUCUAUCCAUAAAAGAGAGGCAAAGAAUGAAGAUUGCAUAUUCAGUUCUCACCAACCUCACAUCUCACAUCUCUGUGCUUCUUUUCUAAGCCAAAUCUCUUUCUCCAAUGGCCAAUGAAGAAAAAGGUGUGCAUUACAAUUACAAUGAUAUCCCUUGUGACUUUCUUGGGGACAUUCUCUCAAGACUCGAUGUCAAAUCUCUUAAACGCUGCGAGUGUGUCUCUAAAUCUUGGCUCACUCUGCUACGGACCCCAUAUUUCAACGAUCUCCACCUCAAGCGUCAACUACAUUGUGUAGUUUUCCAACAAAAAAAGGUUAGAAAGUUCGAUCACCAUUUAUCCAUUUGUAAUGGGGAGAGUUUUGUUGAGAUUUCUUUAAAGAAAUUUCCCUUUACUGAGAUGGAUCAACAACCGAUAUUAACAAUUAUGGGCAGUGAUAAUGGUGUAUUAGGCCUUUAUGACUUAAGAUCUAAAGUGGUUUAUUUAUGGAACCCCACUAUUAAUGAGUCUAAAGAACUAACACCUUCUCCUGAGUUGGGGUGUAAUCAUUCUGAGCUUGGGGUUGGUUAUGAUCCCUUGACCAAUGAUAUCAAAGUGGUAAAGUUCUCAUCUCUUGAUGGGAAUGGUGUUGUUAGCACUUGUAAUAAGUUUAAAGAGGGUAAUCAAAUUGGGAUUUAUAGUUUGAGAAGCAAUUCAUGGAAAACAAUGGCAAUGCCUAACAUCUUUUCAGAAUUUGAAUCUUCUUCUACUUUUGAUAUAACCACUUACACAUAUUUGGACUGUUCCAUGGUUGUUAAUGGGUGCAUUCAUUGGAUAAUUUGCUUUGGCAAUACAACUUGUUAUGGCAAAUCAUCUUUAGGGAUAAUUGCUUUUGAUACAAGUAAAGAGAAAUUUAAUCUUAUAAAGUCACCUCUAACGGUAAAACCACGUAAUUUUAGGAAGUUAGCUAAUUUUUCUGGGUGUCUUUCUUUUUUCAUUAUGAAUGAAUUUCAAGUAGUUGACAUUUGGGUUAUGAAGAAAUACGGUGACUCAGAGUCUUGGUUUCAAUAUUUAUCAGUCAAUUUACUUAGUCUUCUUCCUAAUACACUUGGUCAACGUUCUACCUGUAUUCCAAAAGGCUUUUUGAGUAAUGGGAAUCUUGUAAUUUCUUGCGUAGAAACUGAAAAUUGGUAUUGUUAUGAUACCAAGAGUAAGAGGGUUAAAAAUGUGGGUAAAAGAAUUGGUGUGUCGGCCUUCACUACAUACGUUGAGAGUACUUUUAAGUUAGAUGAUUGAAAAUUCAGUCCAUAUGGAUCUAUGGUUUUGUCCCAUCUUAAAUAUAUAGAGCAGUAAAUUCAAAUUUGUGAUACUGAUUGGAACUCUGCAGUGAGCUACAUACAAGCUUAUCACUAUAUAUUUACCAGUUUAUGAUGACACUUGUUGGUUUGUAAUGCUUUAAUUCAGACAAUUAUUUAUGAUCAUUUGAGUGAUGACCCAUGACAUGAAAUGAUGAUCGAGUUUGUGUCUUUUAUUUCCUUUGUCUGGUUUUCGAGUUAAUUUCCAAGCUCUUUAUCUAUGUUGCUGGUUGUUUUCACGGAUGGACAUGCAUUUGGGGUUAACAAAAUGGUAGAUAAACAGUUUUUGAAGUUUUUGGUAAAAAUUAAGGAAAGUGUUCUCAUAAAUGAGUGAAAAUAAGAGCGAGAAAAAAAUUAAACUUUAAAUCAAGUACAGAGUGAAAAUAUAACUCGUAACUAUUUAAUCACAAACCAUUUCAAAAGAUUACACAUAUUUUGGGAUCCUGUAAAUUUUUAAAAUUAAUCAGCUAGUAGACCCAACCCGCGUGGUCUAGUGUGGCCCGAACAUAUACAAUUCACUGCCAAGCCUUCGAACUCAUGGCUGAUCACAAACAGAUUUACCAUUUCCUGCACAGUAGAGCACCCGUGAGCCAAGCCCAGCAAGACAGUAAAAUAUCAAUAUACACAAUAAUAAAAUGCUAUAUAACUACUGUUGUCAUUGCAUCUAUUGUCUAUUUGACAUAGACCUGCGUGUUACGCUCACACGCCUAAUUAUGUCUAUAUAGCAUAGACCCACGUGUUACGCUCACACGUCUAUAUACAAUAAGACCUUAGAAUGGUUUAUCUCGAUUCUGAUUACCGAGUCUAACCUAAUUAUGUCUUGAAUGCAUAAUUCUUUACUUCAACAUAUAUAGCAUGACAUUACACUUAAAAUCGUUUAAUCACUAGAGUAAUAACCCUAGGUCAUAUAUCCGCUCACUUUAGGGUAAUAACCCUAAUCCCAAAUUCUCAUUUAAUCACAAUUGUAAUAUCACACAUGAGCGCCACCGCGCUUAACUCUACGUGUUAAUUAUUGUCUUACCUGGUAUCUCAAGUAUGUGGAGAUUCCAAAUUCCCAGGUGUUCCUGAACAAUCGUCGGUAGUUCAAGUCACACAUUCCCGAGAUUUUAUAAAUAGGGUUAAUCCCAAAAUUCACUUUCACAUGAUCACAAAAUUUGUAUCGUUAGAAGGAAGAAGAAGAAGAAGAAGAAGAAGAAGAAGAAGAAGAAGAAGAUGAUGAUGAUGAUAGGUUGGGUUGGGGGGUUCUGGUUCGAGAAGAAAGAGAGAAAGUAAAUAAAAAGAAAAAGAAAAAAAGUUUUUUAUUUUUUGGGGGUUCUGGUAGAAGAAAGAGAAAGAGAAAGAAAAGAAAAAGAAAAAAAAUUAUAAUUUGUAAAUUAUUUAAAUUAUAUUUUUUUAUUAAUAUUACGUGGAUCACUAAAAACGUGCUACGUGUAUACAUAGGUAGUUCCGUGACAAUUAAAUGAGAUUUUUUUAUGAAAAGGGUAAAUAGCUAACAGAAAGAAGAUUUGAGUAGUUUUGCCAAUAAAAACUCGAUUUAGGUGGUUAAUUGUUAAAAAAUAUAAAGUACAAGUGGUUUUGCUGCUAAUAUCCUAAAAUAAUAAAAAAAUUAUAUAAAAAUAAUUAGAAAAUAAUAAAGAAAAAUAAAUAAUUAAUAAGAGUAUAAUAUAAAAAUACAUUAAAAAUCAUAUUUUUUUAAAGAGAUAUUGCAGUAUAAAUACCAUACACGUUUUUAAUUUUAUACACUUAAAUACGACAUGUUUUUUUUCGACGGAUUAAAUACCUUUAAUUACAUUUUCGUUACUUCUGUCACUACAUUUCUGUUAAAUCCUAUUCAAUUAUAGAGUAUUUGUAGCAUAAAUACUUGAUGUUUUAAAUUUCAUACACUUAUAUACUACAUGUUUUUUCUUCUGACGGAUUAGGGGCGUCCUCGUCCCCGCCCAGUUUGCAUCCCUGCUCCCAACUAGGAGUGUUUGCGGUGCGGUUUUUGACUAUUUUUUCAAACCAACCCGCACAUGCGGUUUUUCAAAUUUCUCAAACCGCACCCGCACCGCGAAAUUAAAAACCCGCAAAAACUGCACCGCAAAAAAUAGUGCGGUGCGGUGCGGUUUUUGUGGUUUAUGCGGUUUGGACUAUCUCUAAAUAAUUAAACGAUUACAAAUACAACAAACUUUGAGCAAAACUUGUCAAAAUACCAUAAGGCUUGAAAAUAAAUAUGAAAAAAAAAAGUUAAGUGUCAACAAUACAAUAAUUAGUAGACUUUAAUUUUUUUUUUGAAAGAAUAGUAGAUUUUAAGUUGAACAUUCAUAUAUUGGACCUAAAUAAAUAUAAAAAUUGGUAUUUUUAUAAUAUGCCGUGCGGUGCGGUUUGAACCGCAUAUUAACAAUUCAAAACCGCAAACCGCACCGCACCGCGCGGUUUAGGAAAAAUUCAAACCGCGACCGCACUGCAAAAAAUUUCAAACUGUAUUUUUUUUCGAUGUGAUGCGGUGCGGGCGGUUUGAACAAUUUAGGCGGUUUGAUGAACACCCCUACUCCCAACACAUUAGCAAAAAAAAAAAAAAACCUAAUCUCUUUGACUCUCUUAACUAAAUCUCUUUCAAUUUCUCAGUCUCCCAUGGCUAAUCCUGAAGAAGGAGUUCAAUUGCCCUUCGACGGCAUCCCUUGUGAUUUUCUUGGGGACAUUCUCUCAAGACUCGAUGUCAAAUCUCUAAAACGCUGCGAGUGUGUCUCUAAAUCUUGGCUCUCUCUGCUACGGACCCCAUAUUUCAUCAAUCUCCAUUUCAAGCGACAACAACCUUGUGCAGUUUUCCUCCAGAAAAAGGUUAGAAGAUUCGAUCACCAUUUAUCCAUUUGUAAUGGGGAGACUUUAGUUGAGAUUUCUUUACACAAAUUUCCUUUUUCUGAGAUGGAUCAACCACCGUUGUUAUUUUUUAUGGGUAGCGAUUAUGGUGUGUUAGGUUUUUAUGACUUAAUGGAUAAAGUUGUUUAUUUAUGGAACCCAACUAUUAAUGAGUCUAGACAACUGCCUCAGUUGGGACAUAAUUGUUCUGAAUUUGGGUUAGGCUAUGAUCCCUUGACCAAUGAUAUCAAAGUGGUAAAGUUCUCAUCUCUUGAUGGGAGUGGUGUUGUUAGCACUUGUAAUAAGUUUAAAGAGGGUAACCAGAUUGGGAUUUAUAGUUUGAGAAGCAAUUCAUGGAAAACAAUGAAAAUGCCUAACAUAUUUUCAAAACUUGAAUCUUCUUCUACUUCUAAUAUAAUUGUUUAUCCACUUAUGGGUUGCUCCAUUGUUGUUAAUGAGUGUAUUCAUUGGAUGAUUGGCCUUGGCAAUAAAACUGAUUGUGACCAAUCAUCUUCAGGGAUAGUUGCUUUUGAUAUAAGUAUGGAGAAAUUUAAUCUCAUAAACUCACCUCAAAUUGUAAAAGGGAGUAAUGUCAAGAAGUUAGCUAACUUUUCUGGGUGGCUUUCAUUUUUCACUUUGAAUGAAGUCCAUGUAGUUGACAUUUGGGUUAUGAAGAAAUAUGGUGACUCGGACUCUUGGUUCAAACAUUUGUCUGUCAAUUUACACAGUCUUCUUCCAAAUAGAUUUAGUUCCCAUUCUAGGUGUAUUCCAAAAGAUCUCUUGAGCAAUGGGAACCUUUUGAUUUCUUGCACUGGCUCUGAUGAUUGGUAUUCGUAUGAUACCAGGAAUAAGAGGCUUGAAAAUAUGGGUGAAAGAAUUGGUGUUAGGGGACUCACUACAUAUGUUGAGAGUACUUUUAAGUUAAAUGGUUAAGAAUUCUGUAUUGACAGACAUGUGGUUCUUGGAUGGUGUGCAUCUCUCCUGUGUGUGAUAAUACUUUUAAAUUGUGAAUACAUUGCUUGUGGUGUAUGUGAUUAUAUUUAUAAUUAUACAAUAUGUAUGUAUAUGUAUUUAGAAACUUGAGAGUUUCAUGCUGCUCUACUUGGUCUUGGUCCUUCUCAAAUUUGUGAUGUUUGCUGCAAAUUCUUCAAUGAGUUACAAUUCUUUGACUAUUGACUGGUUUAUAAUUGAUGACACUUGCUGGUUGCUGGUGCAUCUUUGGACGGCUGUUUCUGGUCCUUUUGGUUCGUUUGGAUUGCUCUGUUGUUUUUAAAGUGGGGAGGGAUUAAUUGGAUGGUAUGCUUUGGAAUUACAAAUGAUUAUUUCCAAUUCUGUUUAGGGGCAGUAGCUUUUGAUACAAGUAGGAGAAAUUUAAACUUAUAAAUGUUCCUCAAAUUACAGAAGGAUGUUAUCUCGGGAAGCUAUCUAUGCUUUCUGGGUGGUGUCUUUGUUUUUCCAUUAAUGAUGUAUACCAAAGAUCAGUUGAAAUUUGGGUUAUGAAGAAUUACGGUGACUCAGAUUCUUGGUUCAAA